CAGAGUUAGGAGGCGACUUUAAAUAAUUACUCUGAAUUUGAGCAACUCACUCGGGCGCUUCUCCUCUGUCUCGCCAGCCGGAAGUCUGCAUGAAGCUGCGUCUCUCGCUAGGGGCAUUGGCGUCGACGUUUUUUCACCGUUCGUUUUUUUUUUUAUCCUCGAGCUUUUUUUUUUCCUUUUUUUAUUUUCACAGUCAGACUAACCGGAGAGACCGAGAGCGGCAUGGGGCGAUAUAGUUUCAAGUUGAAGUUUACUUGUACAUGGCUUUUAAUGGCGUUCCUAUUUUGCUGGCUAGUUAACAAAAGCUAAAAUAUUAAUGGAGGCUGGCUGUGUAGCUCAGAUAUCGUUAGCUAGCGUUAAAAUAGCUAGCUAAUGCACGUAUUGUUUUUAAGGCCGUUGGUCAUUCAAAUACAGACACUCAGUGCAUUAUACGAGUGCUACAUGGAGUAGCUAAUUAGCUAAGCUAGGUUAAUAAAAUACAAUAAAAAGUGUUCCUCCUAGACUCAUGUCCCUCCUAUUAUUUAGCUUGUUUAGUUAGCAUUUGGUGCUCUCAGUUCUGGUGUACAUUUAUUUUUGUGCCCUGCUGCACAAAAUGAAAAAGAACAUAACUUGUUCUUUGGGUCUGUAAAGACAGAAGAUAACACUCCCUGGGAUCAAAGUAAAGUAUGAGAGACUGAUUGAGUGUAUAGAAAUAAUGGAAGAUUCCCAUUUCAACUCAUCAUACUUUUGGUCUCCCGUUCCAACUGUGCAAGGACAGAUUGAGAACGCCAUGUUUCUGAACAAGAUGAAAGAGCAGCUGGGGCCGGACAAGAGUGGCUCCUUCCCUCACUCUUCUUCCGCACACUACCCUACGGCUGUACUUACGGUUCCUGGUCCCGCCAACAUGGAUGCUGGAGCAACUACCAGGGUGCCCAAGCAGGAAGGAGGAGGUGCAGGAGGGCCACAAAUGAGUACGUUGGGAGCACAACUGCACCCUCCUCAUUCCUCACAGAACAUAACGGUAGUACCCGUUCCCUCUACAGGCAUAAUGACCGCAGCUGGGUUAGUGAUUACCACUCCCCAGGGCACUCUGGUUACUCCUCCGGCCUCUUCUCAGUCUUUUGUUACUGGACCUCCUGCCACCACCAUGAUAGUGUCUGCACUGCAUCCCUCAAACACAGAGGCCAGACGGCCCCCUUCCCUCUACCUCCACAACCACAAUAAGAAAGAGGAUGGCAGUGUUCAGCCAGCAGUGGCUAUUCCUACGCCCUCAAAGCGAGGCAGAAAGAAGAAAUCGGUGGUGCCCAGAGUGGGUCCUGUGACUGCACACACACUGCCCACAGGAAGUGAUGCAUUAAUUCUUGCCCACCUGGCUGCUGGAGGGCAGCACCACACUGCUGACCCCUAUGAUCUAUCUAAUGAUGAGGAUGAUCAUACAGGCAAGGAUGGAAGCAAAUCAUACAGAUGCCGGAUGUGUGCAGUGACUUUCUUCAGCAAGUCGGAUAUGCAGAUCCAUGCCAAGUCGCACACGGAAGCCAAGCCCCACAAGUGCCCCCACUGCUCCAAAUCAUUUGCCAACUCCAGCUACCUUGCCCAGCAUAUCCGCAUCCACAGCGGGGCCAAGCCCUACACCUGCUCCUACUGCCAGAAAUCCUUCAGACAGCUCAGUCACUUACAGCAGCACACACGAAACCACACAGAGAGCAAACCGCACAAGUGCCCCCACUGCUCCAAAUCGUUUGCCAACUCCAGCUACCUGUCCCAGCACAUCCGCAUCCACAGCGGGGCCAAGCCGUACACCUGCUCCUACUGCCAGAAAACCUUCAGACAGCUCAGUCACUUACAGCAGCACCACAGGAUCCAUACUGGUGACAGGCCAUACAAAUGUGCUCAUCCUGGCUGUGAGAAAGCCUUUACUCAGCUCUCCAACCUCCAGUCACAUCGCAGGCAGCAUAACAAGGACAAGCCGUAUAAGUGCCAUAACUGUAAUCGUGGUUAUACGGACGCAGCUAGCUUGGAGGUUCAUCUGUCUACACACACAGUCAAACAUGCCAAACUCUACUCCUGCGGCCUCUGCAAUCGAUCAUAUACCUCUGAGACGUAUUUAAUGAAACACAUGAGGAAACACAACCCAGACCCCCUGACUGUAGCGGCUGCCGUGGCAGCACAGCAGGCCCAGCAGGGUCAGAAUCCAGCUCAGACCCCGGGCAGUGGAGGCGGUCGUGGGCGUGGCCGCGGCAGGGGUGCCGGGGCAGCCGCAGCUGCUGCGGCCGCUGCAGCCGCCGCCGCCGCCGCUGCUGCAGUCGGAGCAGUGCCCCAGGCACAGAACCAGACGAAUCCCAACCCACCAACCAGCUACCCCAUCACAGAGGGAGUUCCAUGCCCCUUUGAUCUGCACCAGUACAAGACUGUAUCAGCCGGAGAGCUCCAGUACAAGCCAGUCAGUGUGGCUGACCUUUCAGCUCAUAAAGACCUCUGCCUCACUGUCUCCACCUCCGCCAUCCAAGUAGAGCACAUGAACUCGUAAAGAAGCAAGGAGAAACGGAAGGAGAGGGAGCAAGGGAUGGUGGAAUGUGUAUUAAAAAAAAAGAGAUAGAACUUACACUGCCUUCAGAUGAUAAACAGAACAAGAGAAAAAAUUGUUGAAACCCCAGUUAAAACAGUAUGGUGUGAACCAAGGAGAAAAAGAAGGCACAGAAAGAUGAAAGGAGUAGUACAUGACCGUUGUUCCAUGCAAAACCAUCUGACAAAUAGAGGUUAUGUCUCAGAUCACACAGCUACCUUGGAGCUAUUACAAAUAAGUCACUACAACCUGAGAGAUCUAACAUCCUAACAUCACAAGUUAAGACAUUUUCACAGCAUUUAGUUUGAUUUGAACAGAAUUUCUGAACAGGAAAUGCACCAGUACAGAACUGUGAGUACAGUAGUUUUAUUAUGUGUUUCAGGUAUUGCACUACACAAAGUGCAGGACUCAAUAAGCUUUCUUUUUACAAAACCUUCAAUUGAUCAGUGUUUAGUGAAUACUGACAAUAUUCACAGUAUGCUUGGAAAAACAUAGUAUGUGAGAAUAAGUGUCAUAAUGUCAUAUUGCCCACCCUUACUUAAAUGAGUAAAAUUAAGAAAGUUAGUGAAAUUUUUUAUUAUACAUUGUUACAUUAUAACAAAAAGUACUCUAGUCUGUAUUGUGUUUUUGCAAAUUAAGGAAAUACACAUGAAAACAUAAGAAUAGGAAAGGCAAACAAUUCUAAAAAAAAAAAAAAAAGUAGCAUGUACACAAAAUCACGGUUCAGUUCACACCAAUGCAACUUGUAAAACAUGCAAAAAAAAAACCCUGAAAGUAUAACCCAGCUUUUUCUCUGUUUACACACAGUUGUACAAAUUACUGUUUGUGCCAUAUCGCUCCCCCUGAGUUGAUACCGCUUGUAAUGUGUUAAUUAAGCAUUAACAAUUAAACGUAAAUGUUAGCAUGUUUAAUGUGUUUCCUCUCACACAACAUAAAAAUAAAUACUGUCCUGGUUCACGCUGAUAAGUAUAUUGCUAAAAUACUUGUUUAUUUUAGUCCAUUUCAAAUUCAAAGGUGAGAACGGUGAGUAAUAAAGAGUAAAAGGAAAAAUAAAAACUAUCAUCUUAGACAGUACAAGACAUUCACAUGAAUGCCAUGUACCACAUAUUGCAACUAUGACUGCAUGAACCGAACCGUGUUGUACCAUAUAUUGUCAUUGUGACUCUAUGAACAAACCGUUUUGUACCGCUACACCCCUAGUGGGCAGUAUACAUUUUAUUAAAACCUUUACUGGUCUGUUAUUGUUUCCAGUUAGUGCCUUUUAAAUUUUUUUAUUAGAUGUUAAAAUUGGAUAUUAAUGUCCAUGGCGAGCCGAAAUAUUAAUAAUAAUAUUAGAAUAAUAGGAUAUAUCAAAAAUGGGUCUUGUACCAUUUUUAAUUUGAUGAAUUUCUCUAUUUUAAUUAUUGGCUUAUUGUUAGUGUAUUUUAGUUUUCUCUUCAUACAAUAAACACUUUCACUAAACAGAAAAGCUUAGAAAAUGAGCGCAGUUGACCCUUAGCAGCAUGCUUUAUCUCAUAAAGUGGUGGCAUCCAAGGUUUGCAAGGGGUGUUGCCCCAGUGAUUUAAUUUGAAACUACUCACUUUCGUGAUCUGUGGAACAGUGUCUCACUAAACGUCUCAGGCAUUCAGAACAUCUUUUGGUCCCUCUUGUCCCGUGUGUGUUUUUGUAUUUUUAUUUUUAUAUAUAUUUUUUCCAAUUUUAUUAUGCCUGUUUUUAAAUGCCAACAAAGGAAAAGUUACACUUGUAUGAGUUUAUUUUAAUACUAAAACAAGUAUGCAAUUGCAUGUUCAAAGUAGGGUGAAGGUUAAAUCUAGGGCCUGAAUAUUAAAAUCUUAAUGCAGGUCAGUAAAUCCAAUAUAGAUACUGGAUCACAGAUCAGUUUUUUUUCUUUGUCUGAUUGGUCCAUUUGGUUGCUCAUAUGUUGAGGAUGUUUGGCAAGUAUUCAUUUGUAUUAAUACUUAUAUUUUUUAAGUGUCCACAAUGUCAAAAACAACGGCUUGUAUGGGUCAUGGCUCCUUAAAAUCUGUUCUGAUGCUGUUUUAAAUGGGGAUCAUCUAUUCGUUUCUACUAGGCAUGAUGUGAGCAAAAGAACUUGUAGACUGCACUAACUAAAAGAUGGGAGGAAGGCAAAAUGUUGAGAUACAGCACUUAAAUGAACCUUAUCUUUUUCAUCAUUUACAUUUUAGUAAUGUAUCAUAUUUAUGUAUUUUUCUAUGUAUGUAUGUGUGUGUAUGUUUGUGAGAACAUGUGAAUGUGUGAAUAUGUGAGAAGAAAUAGUUGAAAGAGCAUGUCAGUGGUGAGGGAGGCAAGAGUUCAUGUGUGAAAAGUCCAGUUUUCUUUCUUUUUUUAUUGAGUGUAGUCAUUUUAUGUAAUCCAUGGAGUGUCGCCACAAAAUAUUUUUGUUUGUUUUUGUUUUGAGGGAGGAAGAGAGAGAGAGAGAGAGACAGCGAGAGAAGUGGCAGGUGACCUAAUGGUGCAAAAAUUACCAGGUACUAUUUAGAAGUGCAUUUUUUUGUUUGUUUUUUUUACUUUCAAUAUCACCUAUUACUGAUUGUUGCUUUUAGUUAUGCAAUUAUCACUAUUAUCCUUCAUUCUUGAUUAGAGAUUUCUGUACAUACAUAUAGAGAAAACAUUUUUCUUUUAUGAAAAGGGAAAGGAUAGUCUCUUUGCACCUGCCAAACUGCAAUUUAAAAAGUAUAUUAUAUCAGUAACAUUAGCGAACCAAGUACUAAACGAUAACAUGCAUUUCCAAGCUAGCCAAUCACAGAUUAUUAUGCUAAACCCUUGUUUGCAGUGAGCGGACUGGGAUUGGCUGGUUCUUUCAUGUGUAACCCCUGUUGUAUCUCAUUAUGUGUCUUUGGAAAAUAAUACAGUUCUCAAUAUUAUUAUUGUCUACUAUUACUCGUUAACUUCUCUUUAUGCUGACUAUGCUGUAUAAACCACGUUCGUUCAUCUAAAUAACUGUUUCUCCAUAUAUGAACAAUAAAAAAGAAAAGAAACAUUGAA